GAUGCGUGGACGUGGGAUGAUGCGAUAAAAAUGACGUACCCACACGGUUUAUUCUGCAUUUCAAUUUGAAGAGCAGUCUGAAACUGAAUUCAUGGGGAAAGGUGGGGGCUGUGUUCCUAGCAAAAAAAAACUCCCCGAACCCACAACAAUCGUACCCGAAUCCCCACCCGAAUCCAUCUCCAACGUUACUGUCCCACCCGACCUGAACAAGAACCUGAAGCUCUUCAUAGUCUUUUACUCAAUGUACGGCCACGUGGAGGGCCUGGCCAGGAGGAUGAAGAUGGGCGUCGACGCUGUGGACGGCGUCGAGGCGGUGCUGUUUCGGGUGCCCGAGACGCUGCCUGAUGAUGCCCUGGCCCAAAUGCGGGCCCCGCCUAAGGACGAUUCGGUUCCGGUAAUCAAGUCUCCUGCAGACUUGGUGUCGGCGGAUGGGUUCUUGUUUGGGUUCCCGACGAGGUACGGGUGCAUGGCGGCACAGAUGAAAGCAUUCUUUGAUUCGACUGGGCAGUUGUGGAAGGAGCAGAAGCUAUCUGGGAAGGCCGCUGGGUUCUUUGUCAGCACGGGGACUCAAGGAGGUGGCCAAGAGACCACUGCGUGGACAGCAAUCACUCAGUUAGCUCAUCAUGGGAUGCUAUUUGUUCCCAUUGGUUAUACUUUUGGCGCUGGUAUGUUCAAAAUGGAUUCCAUUAGAGGGGGUUCUCCAUAUGGUGCUGGAGUCUUCGCUGGGGAUGGCACAAGCGAAGCAAGUGAAAUGGAGCUGGCCCUGGCAGAGCAUCAGGGCAAGUACAUGGCUGUGGUAAUUAAGAAGCUAGCUCGGGGUUGAAAAUUUUAGCUUUCGAGUCAUUUGAACUUAGAUUCAUUAUUUUGGUGUUGAUAUUUGUUCAUUAUCCAUGUUUUUGGGAUGUCCCCUAUAUUCGGUACUUUGAUUGACCCUCCCUUUUCUUUUUGGAAAUUGUGCAUAUUUUGCUUUAUGAAUGGUUGGAUUAUAAUAAGUCGAGUGCCUAGAGUUGUUGCUUAUGUCAUAAAUGUGAAAUUAUCUUAUUUCUGUU